AUGGAGAACAUUACGAUAAGGCACGGCGACCACGGCGACCACGAUGAAAGCCAGGGUGUUAUCGUGGCCAAGGGGGUGUCUAUGGCAGUUCUAUUCUGCGCAUCCAUGCUCUGUGGUAUCGUUCCUAUGUUGCUCGCGAAACGGUUCCGAUGGAUAACUCCAAAUGACGCCGAAAACCUUAAGUCCUCUAAUAGAAUUGUGGCUUCACUUCUCUCGUUUGGAGGUGGAGUUCUAUUGUGUACCACCUUCAUGCACCUUUUGCCAGAAGUGAACCACAACAUCGACCAUCUAGUUGGUGUCUUAGCUAUAUCUGACCUGUCGUUAAAGAUUUUAUUUCCAUUUUCUGUGAGUUUUGAAACAGAUAUUUAA